AUGAAUAUAGCCACUCAAGAGGUGAAUAUUGUGGUAGACAAAGAGACCAUUGUGGAAAAAAAGAAAGAUGUGACUACUGCGUCACCGACUGUAGAUGCUGAGGUUGAGGUAAAAGAUACUGUAAAUAUAAACAUAGAAAAACCCACUCAAACAGAGCAACCGGUAGAAGACACCACUAGUAAACCAUUAGAAGAACCGGUAGACAAAACUGAAAAACAAUCAGGAGAACCAGAAAUGGAAAGUACAGAGGCACAAACUAAGAAACUGGAAGUACAUACAGAGAUUACAUCAGAGAAACCGUCUGUUGAGAGCUCAGAGAAACCCUCUGAGACACAGAUGGAGAAAUUAGAACAGAAAUAG